CCAAAAGACGCAAGAAUAGAGAGAGGAUAAACGUCAUCCCGGCUCCGAUAAUGGAUGUGGAGACCUUGGCUACCUUACCUCCAUUUGGGGGAGUUUGGGAAGUUCCAAUUAACUGCGUGGGAUUUCCAACAAUUUCAGGUUGAAAACACGGGCACAACACCAUCCCGCCGACUGCGCCGUUGAAGCUUCCCACUCCCUCUUCUCCCUGGAGAAUAUAUCGUAGACGCAAGCUUUGGUGCAGCUGGAACUCCUGGCCGCAGCAGCUUGCUGAUGAACCGGGCCGCGCACAUCGCACCUAUCACAACGACGAGUAAAAGACCUCACUAUGUCGAACCGACAAGCUGCGCUGUCGCUUUACCGCCGCUCGUUAAAGCUGGCUCUUGACUGGGCUGUGCAUCGAAGCUUAUGGCGCGGCCAAGCUCUUUAUAUCCGAUCCCUCUUCGAAGCGAACCGAAAUGUCACGGACGUCAGGAAACAAAGGGCAUUGCUCAGCGAAACAGAGAAACUGUUAGAGACGUGGAAGCACCCCGAUCCAUAUCGCCCACCUACAGCACCAGGAGGAUCCAAAUAUGAGAGAAACUUGCCAGUACACAACACUGACCCUCCACCGCCGCUGAGAUUUUAAUGGCAACAGAACUGGCAAGGGAAUGGGUCAUUGCCGAUCUGUACAUAGAACCUGUAAUAUACGGGAGUUUUAGACACUAAAAAAAAGAUUCAUGAAUUCAAAGUACCUGGAAUUACCCAAAACUUCAAAUAUCAAAGGUGGGAAUUCUUGCAAGGCGAAGAUAAGCGAGAAAUAGAAUGCAGAAGUUGUAUAAGCAUAAUAGACGACUUAGUUUGGAAUACUACGUCACGAAGCAAUGGACAUCAAAUUAAAAUCAAUUAGGACAAGGC